AUUUAGUAACCUACGCUAAGAUUUAGUCUUUCAGUGCAUCUCGUUCAGUUCACACUUACAGUUCGGAAGGGAAGCAAGUGAGCUCUAUUAGAAUGCAAACAAAAUAUUUAUUUCUGUUAUUGUGCCUCACGGGCGGCUUAUCACACGCUGCGAAUGAUGGUUUAGCAAUAGCAGGUGAUGCUAAUCUCUUCAAGAGAAUUGGUGGAAAGUACUACAUUGUAUUUACUGGUGUACAGAUGAAUUGGUUCGCGGCAGUGAAUCUCUGUCAGACGUAUGACAGUGACUUGGCUACAAUCAAUUCUGAAACUGAAAUGAAUGAUCUCAACUUCUAUUUAACUAAAAAUGGGCACGUAGGCAAAUACUUUUGGAUCAGCGGCAACGAUUUGGCAGAUGAAGGCAAAUUUGUCUCGCUCACCACUGGUCGAGCAAUGAUUUAUUCGAAAUUUCUCCCCGGACAACCGGAUAAUUACCGAGAUGAAGAUUGCCUACAUCUUCAGGCUUUUAACAAUGUAUUCUAUAUGAAUGAUCAGCUAUGCAGCGACAAUGGUUAUCCCAUUUGUGAAAUGCGAAGUGCUAAAAUGAAUACCCAAGACACAUGUGAGAACAUACCUACAAAUUGUGCAGUGAAGACUCUCGUCAAAGCAUAUUUGAAAGCAGAGAAUACUUUUACUUGUAAAUGAGCUAAUAUAAUGCAUAAGACGCAGUUCAGUUUCAAUUAAUGCAAUUGAUUUGUUAUCACAACACCAAGUGUCAAAGUGUGAAUGAUGAUAAUGGUUCUAUAAUAUAAAUUUUUAUAUGUUUUUUUUUUCAAUAAAUUGAUUUGUUCAACAUUAUCAAUGAGAGGUUAAAAAGGUGUUGAUUAUAAUUAUGCGAGCGCUAUUAAAAUAUAUUUAUAUUUUAUUAUCAAAUCUAUAUAUAAAACCA